AUUACUUCCUCGCAUUCAUCUUAAAUUCGUUGUUUUGUAAGCAUGAAGGCACAUGUGGUGGUCAGUUGUACUGAAUUGAAGUUCGUUCAAUUCAUAAAGAAGGAAUGACAAACAUGGGGUGGUGCCGUUUCAGUUUGUAAUGAGAACAAGACCCCUAAUUGCCAUUCUGCACAACUGAAAACAACAAUACUUGCAGUUUGGGGGUUAGUCCAUUAUGAAGAGUGGAGUUCACCCCAUUUUGGUAAUUGACUCUUCGGUCGAAUUCGAUUCUUGCAAUUCAAUUUAACCAAACAUCCAAAAGCAGCCUUUACUAAUGCAUAUCCAAUUGUGUACUCUUUGCUAUUUACGUUGGCAUUUUUGUUGCAAGGAACUUACAGGCAUGGAUAGAGUUGGACACAAACUGUUUUCUCAUCAGAUGAAGUAACGUUGAGUGGUGGAGCAUGGCUUGUACCUCAUUGAGUUCAUUGUGUGGACCUUGUUGAUCUGUCAUUGAGCCAAUUUAACAGGUGGCAUUUUCUGUUCGAGAGGAAAAGCUUGAAACUGAUGGCGGAGGACUUAGAACAAACCAGUAUAGGAAGGUUGAAGAGAAGGUGGUACGAAAUGUAUUGGCCAGAGGUGGAGACCAACGACAGACUUAGCGAUUUACCCAAUGGCAUCCUAAAUCAAAUUGUCUCCUUCCUUCCAAUAAAAGAGGCUGCUAGGACUAGCAUUUUAUCGAGAAAAUGGAGAUACAUCUGGACCACCAUCACCAGUCUGGAUUUAGACAGUUGCCUCUUCAAUAAAUGGGAAACUUUUGCAAGUUCAAUUGAUCGGUUAGUUACUCAUCAUGAUGGGCCUGUUCUACAGAAGCUCCGGCUCUCAUUACUGUGGGCCAGGAGCAGACAUACAACCCAGAUCAAUGGGUGGAUUGCUUCUGCUGUAAAGUUAAACGUCCAGGAGCUCGACCUCUACAUCCCCAUGGAAGAAUAUGAACUUCCUUGCUGCCUUUUUACUUGCAAGUCGUUAUUGAUUUUGAAACUGGCAUUGAACUGCUCUGUUCUCAGACUGCCUACUGCAUCAGGUCUUAGUAGGAUUAAGAUGUUGCAUCUUACAGAGGUUGACUUUCCGAAUGAGAAGACAUUCGAAGAACUCUUUUUGAGCUUUCCCAAGCUUGAGAAUUUGAACCUUGAAAAUUGUGGUCUGACCCAUUUCGAGUUUCUCAAUAUCUCCAGCCAUGAACUUAAAAAAUUGGUUAUCAGCAAUUGCCGUGGUCUACACGAGUGUAGGAUCUAUAUUUCUACUCCCAAUCUCUUAUCUUUCAAAUUAGUUGGUAACGUAGCACGGGACUACACUGUAGGGAUCCUACCAACUCUUGAAGAUGCAUUCAUUGAUUUUAGAGGAAAUCUUCCAUGGAAGCAUAAUAUUGGUGGCUUUGAUCUUGAUCACAGUUAUUGUUUUCGUAAGAUUCUUAGAAGGCUUCAUAAUGCAAAAUCUCUAACAAUUUCUGCCUCCUGUAUUGAGUUCCUCUCCGCCAUUGAAGACAUGUUAAAGCACCUGCAUACUUUUCACAGUCUAAAGCAUUUGAAGCUUACAACGAGUCUCAGGGAAGACCAUAUUCAUCUGAUAACCUGCAUCUUAGAGAGCUCUCCAAAUCUACAAACUUUUGUUCUUGAGAUAGAAGACGAGGACGAAGAUCGGAAUCGAAAGGUCUACAAUCUCGGUCCCUUUAAGCCAGUUGACGUCAGGCACUUUGGUAGACAUGAGAACGAUAUCGAGCUUGUGAAGUUUUUGCUCAAGAAUGCGGCAAAAUUGGAGAAAAUGAUAAUCACCACUUUCAAGAAAUUCCAAGAACCAACUUACUUAGAGAAAUUGGGACCGGGGGAGUUUAAUUAUCACAACUUUGAUGAUACUGACUCCUGGAUAUGGUUUACAAGUUGCAAUACCAUUUUCCUUGAACUUAAUAGAUGUCCAUGGGAUUGUGUUGAACAUCUGUUCGGUAGGUUAGGUGGGACCCAAUCUGCAUCUUCAGUUUUGUGACACUUGAGCACCGUCCAAUAGAGCUACACAAUCAGACCCAUAUGUAGUUUUCUUUGUUUUGAACAUGGGAUGCAAUCUACCUUUUUGCUUUCCAUUUUUAAUAUUUUUAUGUUUUUUUAAAUAUUUUAUGUGAAAAAUCAGUACAACAUAGGAUUCGGAAAUACCCCCAUCCGAGUUUUGCUUGAAUCCACUAGGGAGGUGGCUUUGUUUUGAUCGCAUCAGGUGUUUGGAAUGCUGCAAAAGAAGAAGCUUGCCGAGAGUCGGGUACAAAUAAUCAUUGGACGAUCCAGAUUAAUGCAUGGACUAUCCCUUGUAUCCAAAAGCAACUAGUAAUUUUGUAAGCCUAUGAUACAACUUGUCUUAGAUCUUCACCAUA